AUGUCGUCGCCAGUUAGUCAAAGCAAAGUCGCCGCACGGCGGCUGCAUGCCACGGCUCAACACCUCAAGCCAGCAUCGUCUGCCGUGGCCGAGUCGUAUCCCAUGAACCACGAGCCAAUAAAGUCGCCAACAGAUACACCGAACUUUGUCGAUAACAAGUUCGUGGCUUCAAAAGCAACGCAAUGGAUUGAUCUGCAUGAUCCUGCGACCAACAACCUGGUGACGCGCGUUCCCCAAAGCACCGAUGAGGAGCUCAAGGCGGCAGUUGAUAGCGCCGAGAAGGCGUUCAAGCCUUGGAAAGAGACGAGUCUGCUUCACAGACAGCAAAUCUUGUUUAAAUACACACAUUUGAUUCGUGAGAACUGGGACAGGCUAGCUGCCAGCAUCACGUUGGAGCAGGGCAAGACGUUUGCGGAUGCACGAGGAGAUGUGCUCCGCGGCUUGCAAGUUGCCGAGACUGCCUGUGGUAUCACGACGCAGAUGACUGGUGAGGUACUUGAGGUGGCAAAAGACAUGGAGACACGCAGCUACAGAGAGCCAUUGGGCGUGGUGGCUGCUAUCUGCCCGUUCAACUUCCCCGCUAUGAUACCUCUUUGGACCAUCCCCAUCGCCGCCGUUACUGGUAACACGUGCGUCAUCAAGCCUUCGGAACGUGACCCUGGUGCCUGCAUGAUUCUCGCGGAGCUCGCAGAGAAGGCUGGAUUCCCUCCAGGUGUAAUCAACAUUGUACAUGGUGCGGCCAAGACUGUCGACUUUAUCAUUGACGAGCCCCGUAUCAAGGCAAUCAGCUUUGUGGGAAGCAACCAAGCUGGAGAGUACAUUUAUGCGCGUGCAUCUGCCAAGGGCAAGCGUGUGCAGGCCAACUUGGGCGCGAAGAAUCACGCAGCUGUUCUGCCCGACUGCAACAAGAACCAUGCGUUGAACGCGAUUGCUGGUGCUGCAUUCGGUGCUGCAGGCCAGCGAUGCAUGGCUCUGAGCACUCUGGUCAUGAUCGGUGAGACCAAAGAUUGGGUUCCUGAGAUUGCAGAGCGUGCAAAGGAGCUCUCGAUGAACGGUGGUUUUGAAGAAGGCGCAGACCUGGGACCAGUUAUCAGCCCGCAAUCCAAGAAGAGGAUCGAAGAUCUCAUUGCGAGCGCCGAGGAGGAGGGUGCGACUAUCCUUCUUGAUGGACGUGGUCAAAAGCCAUCAUCUGAAAAGUACGCAAAUGGCAAUUGGGUCGGACCGACUAUUAUCGCCAACGUCAAGCCACACAUGAAGUGCUACAAGGAGGAGAUUUUCGGGCCCGUACUGGUCUGCUUGAAUGUUGAGACGAUUGACGAAGCCAUCGACAUGAUCAACGCCAACGAAUACGGCAACGGCACAGCCAUCUUCACGCGCUCAGGUGCCACUGCCGGUCGCUUCCAGCGCGAGAUUGAGGCCGGACAGGUCGGCAUCAAUGUGCCCAUUCCCGUCCCUCUCCCCAUGUUCUCCUUCACUGGCAACAAGAAGUCAGUUGCGGGUGGUGGCGCUAGCACCUUUUACGGUAAACCGGGACUUCAAUUCUACACACAACAAAAGACGGUAACGAGUCUGUGGAGAAGUGAAGAUGCCGUAGCAACUAAGGCGUCGGUAAACAUGCCUACGCACAGCUAGAUGUCUUGGCGUCAGCGUAAGCUGGGAGUUUUUUCGGAAAUGGAAAAGGUUUUAGCGUAUCUGGGCACAACUGAAUGGCACAUUUGAAUAAA